CUACCCCCCUGGCCUGUUUGAUAUAUAGUUCACACUCAAGUCUGGCCCUGUCCAGGAUACAACAAGAGUGGUGGACAUUGACUCUAAGUCAUCUUUUCUGGCAAUAUGGAGGACACUGUCAGAGAAAGAGGUAACACCAUUAGAGAUACAAUGUAUCUGUGAAUGCUAAAAGAGUGAUACAGAACAAGGUCAGAAACAGAGAAGGGAUCACUGAUGAACAAUACCAGAGAAUAGUACUUGCAACAUGGCAGACAGAUAGGAAAUCAGGCAAGAACAACCGCUGAGAACACAACCAGUGUUGCAGCUUUCUGGUCCAUGAGACCUUCUAGUUCAUCUUCGUGUUGACUCUCUUUCAACUUGGUCAGUGGCGAUUUGGGCUGUGAACUCUUUCCACUGAGCGUCAUUAUCAUGUAACCUUCAUGACGCGCAAAAUGACACCUGGAUUUCUCACCCGUACCACAAUUAAACAGAGUAGUAAUGCAAAGAGUACAUUUUAGGCAGUGCAUAAGUGUUUGACAGCAAGAUAGAAAUGUGAUGAACUAGACACUUACACAGAAGUCAUGCAUCGUUCAGGAAAGUUGAAGCUGAACAAGGGAGUGAAGUUCUCAGCUACGAGUCGGGACAGAGACGAGGCGGUAAUGGCGGCACCUGAGUGCCACAGUCCAAACAUGAAUCAGAAACCAGCCUUGUCACAGUCGAUCGAGGGACGAUCACCUCCCGGCGGCAACCAUGUCCACUUUCCGGAAAGAGAGGCCAACAAAAUCCAAAAGAGACGGUAUCUUACGGCCAAAUACGGCAUGCACCAAAUGGCGUUGAUACGAAAACGUUUAGCUAUCGAAGAUUGGGUGUACGACGAGUUGAGACGACUUUACGAUUGCGUGAACGAUUCGGAGGAUCACAACUGUCAGUUUGAUCUGGAGGAAGUGCUAAAUUUGGAGGAUGAUUCUCAAAUCCGAGAAUAUGUUGCAGCUACACUUGCAGAUGCCAAACAGCCAAAAGAGGAAAUUGAGAAAUUUACAGAGGAGGUUCUGAUUAAAGCUCGGACUCUCUAGCUGUCCCACCUAAACCUCACACCAAAGACUGCUAUGUCUAUAGAAUCACUGUAAAUACUGUACCAAAUGUAUGUAGUAUGUGUCAAGAGGCACAGAGCUAGUCCCGGCUGGCCUUCCCAGCACCACCAGAACUACUGACACUCUUCUUACCUGUUUGUCAGUGCUGAGGAGAGAGUGGUGGGAAGUCAAAGCAAUUUUAACAUACUGUGUACAGAGGUUUUAAUUUUUGCAGCACAAUAUUUAACACAAAUGAUUAUAAGUGUCCUAGCUAGCAACAUGUAAGCCAUGUCUUCAUCAGCAAGACAUCCCGAACAGAAAUUGGAAAGUGAAAACAAUAUAGGCUCUUGUCAAGAAUUUACCAACAGAUUAAGACCCUCGGAGAACCAUUCAGGCUAAGCAGUCGAGCUUGAUGUGCUGGAAUACCAAGGUUUAUGUGCUGGACACCAAGGUUGAUCUGUCAGAACAUUGAUGUGCUGGAACACCAAGGCUGAUGUGCUGGAACACCAAGGUUAAUGUGCUUGAACUCCAAGGUUGAUGGGCUGGAACUCCAAGGUUGACAUGCUGGAAUGCCAAGUUUGAUAUACUGGAACACAAAUAUUGAUGCACUGGAACUCCAAGGUUGAUGCGCUGAAACAUGAAAGUUGAUGUGUUGGAGACACAAGGAUGAUUUGCAAGAACACCACUGUAUAUCUUGUGAGGAUGCAGUUUAGUGUAUCUGCCAUGAAAUAGCCCAGCUUCUGCUGUGAAGCAUACUAUGCUAUGGAAGCCCUGAGCAGCCUACAGAAGGAAAUAAGAUGUUAUACAGUUGUGAAGAAAUCAAGAACACUGAUGAGGAGUUUGCAUGUGAUAGUUUAGCUUCCAGAAUCAAUGCUUACCUUCAGUACCUUUGUGGAUGUUUCUAUAGAAAUGUCUGUUCCACUGACCCUGAGCUUAGCAGGUUGAUCAUACGGUCUUAUUCUUAACUGUCUAUAGUGACCAGUUUGAGUGAGUAUCUGUGAAUUCAUCAGAUCAUAGCCAUGAUUGCUUGGUAGCCAAGCUGUUUGAUCAGUUUUUAAGUCUGCAGUAAUUGGAAUAAGAUGACCUCAUUUCCGAGGGCAUCAACAUUUUAUGGUUGUAUGCUACAGCAUUAAGCAUAUCAUUGCUGUGCACUGGACCUGCAGCUUCAUGUUUUCUCGUUUUGUCCUAGAUUUAAACCCAUAAUCAGGCUUUACAUGUUGAACCACAGACCUACAGGCUGCUUAUUCAUUACCUAUAGGAUAUGGUGAACUACAGCAAGCUUCUGAGCGUCAGAAACUUUGAUGCUAGAAUUAGUCUUCCUUAUUAUUGCACAAGAUGUGUUAAUCUGCAACAGAGAGUAGGAAAUAAUUGGCAUUGUAUUUAAGAAUAUGUGAUGGUCUCAGUCAUUGUUUAGUUUACAAUCUAAAUACAUUAUCGUUAUGACCUUGAUAUUUCUUUCACUAAUGGGUUUUAAAUGGGUUUUUUUUGUUUUUUUUUUUAAUUUGGUGAAAUAUACAAGCUAUCCUUUUGAGACAUUUACACAGACUCAUGUACAUCAGUUCAGUCAUGUAGCGACUCCACAAAAUCUGUAAAUUAGAGUUGAACAGACAUUAAGGCAUUACAGUAUGAAUCUUAUGCUAGAGAUGAAUCUCAUACUAGUCUCCUAUCCAUGCUACUUUGUUGACCCAUGUUUUUUUUUUUUAGUGCUCUAUCUUUAGAAGUAAAGCCUGUAGGUUUUCUUGUCACUGUGUCUUGGUUUUAACGACUAACCCCAUAAAUAACCUGUACUUGUCUAUUCAUGUAUCUCUUUAUCAUAUUUAUGUAUGCUAAUCCAAGUCUGUGUAUUGUGUGGAUCAGGUUGAGGCUUUGUCUGUCAUAACCUUGGUGAAAUGGUGAAACUUAAAAAGUUGUUUGGGGUAUUGCCCAGCAUUUAUUUAUUUUUAUUUUGUAAAAAUUAUUAUUAUUAUUAUUUUUUUUUUUUGAAGAACAGAGUUUGGUGUAACGCGUCAAAGUUUUUUUAGAGAUGAUUUAUUAACAAUUCCCGUCAGAUGACCAAAUGGAGUGUUCAAAUAAAUUAAUACAGAUUUACAUUUUAUAUUUGUUGAAUAAUAUACAAACAGAAGCAAGCUUUAAAUGAAAAAUGUAAAGAAAAAAAAAGUUAAAAUUGAAAGCCAAAAAAAAAAAACAAAAUUGGUGGGGUGGUUUUCAUUGGGUAGAUAGGGUUACCCCAAACAAACUUGUUAAUUUAUGCCUUAGCCAAGUGUUUUUUUGUGUGUUUUUUUUUUAACUGAUUUGGUCAGGUAACUGUAGAUCUGUGUUUGUAAUUGACAAUGUAUUCUUGACUGGUCACUUUUAAAUCACAUAUAAAGCAUUUAGCUGCAAUGUCGUAAUGUUGUCAAAUCAGCUAAAAAAAUACCUGUACCCAUGAUGCCUUUCUGGAUUUAAUGCAAGGCUUUUGCUGCCUUUUCUCACUUGAGAACUGUUAGUUUUUCUCUUUUACAAAAAAAAAAAAAUAAUAAAAUGCACCUCACUGAUGAAUUUUCUCCUGGAUGCAUAGAGCUUGCAAGAGGCAUAUUGCUGAAUGCAGGUAUACCUGUAAACCAAGGAUAUUGGACAGAAAAUAACAUGCAUGUGUGGCUUGGAUGCUGUUAUUGUUAGUGUUAUAAUCCUUCCACAAGAAAACUUCUACCGUCCAUGAUGCAGGAUAAGGGUGCCUGUAGGAUGAUCACAUGUUUAUAGUAUUGCCUUUAAUGACUAAUAGUUUUUAGCUUGUAAAUCAGUAAUGAACUGAAAUUCAGAACAGUCUGUGGUAUGCCAACAUCUUUAUAACAUUGCUUUCAAUUUGGCUAAGAAAUUCAGUUUAAUAUCAGAAUAUGUGGUACAGACAGAAGGAAGAGGCUUCCUGUGGAAGGCUGACAUGCCUAAAUUUUUGUAACAAGAUUAUAACAAUUUGUGGUGGUUGUGGUAGUUAAAAUUUCACCAAGCAAAGUUCGGUAGACUUAAACAAGGCUGCAUUUUGCCUCCUUGUAGUUGGCAGUAUAAAGACCCAUACUACGAGUUAACACAUACAUCAUUUAUCUACUGGAAUUCUUAGAUUCCUUCGCUUUUUGAUAAAGCUAUGACGACAAGGCUUUGCGCAUUGUAACUUGUUAACUGCAUCUACAGGCAGAUCUUCAAGGGUAGCUAGGAUUGAGCAAGGUUGUUGACCGUACCCUGCAACACUUUACUGUCCUGCAAGAAAGAGCUCACUAACUGAAGUGCAUUCCACUGUCAGCCAUUGGUGGCCUUAUAUGAUUGAGUCAUGACAACCAGGUUGUUUUCUUUCCCAUAUCUCUGUAUCCUAUAGGUCACUUGUCAGGUUACCCAUGUUUGUGAUGCUAUAAGAUUAAGUGAUUAUGUGAAAUAAAAAACUUGGAUAGACAGUAUUUUGAUAUACCUCAGUAGCACCCCAUUUUCAUGUAGCUCUCUUUGUACAAUGGCUUUCAAGGAAUAUUAGGUGAGCAAUGAUUUUAGACUGAAAACUCUAUUCCAGCACGUUAAAGGAUUCUCGGAAACUCAAAGAACAUUGAAAAAGGGGGUGAGGGUGGGAGAAUCAUAUUUCUUCUCUAACCAGGCUAGAUUAUUCCCAUUUUCUGAUAAAACUUACACUUUUCUUAAUGUAAUAUGGACUGGUUGAGACGUUCGUCUCAUAGUUACAGGUGAAAUAUCUUUAAAGCCAAGAAAAUAUAAUUAGCUUCAUGAUUUUGCACUGUUUUUACAACUCAGCCGUGGUUUGUAUAGUGUUGAUAAGAUAUGAAAUCCAAGUCAUUGAUAUAUUCUUAUACGCUACUCUGUGUUUGUAACUGCUAUAAGAGACGUGCUUUGAAGAAAUGUGAGGUGUAUCAUUUCACUAAUACUUGUAUUUUUUAUUGUGAUUCUGUUAACACCAUGAUUUCAGAUGUACCAUAUUGUACCAGUCGUUCUUCAUACGCAGUCGUAAGAUGUCGGUGUUUGUCAUCAGCUACCGCCGACCUGCUGGUUUAUGUGCUCUCCGACAAUUCGUAGUUUGAAAUUCGUUAUGUUUGAAAACAGUUAUUUUGAAAGUGGAAUUAUGUGGUAAAUUAUUUCUCUGAAACUUGUUUGAGCAAAUGUUAAUAUUUAUUUUCAGGUUUUUUUUUUUAUAUGGCUUUGUUGAAACAAUGAGUAAGACCGCGAUUUUAUCCGCCAUAUUAGUUUAUACGUGGGGACUCGUGACUGCCCGAUUCAGGCGCGGUGUAUUGCCAAGGUACAUUUCCCAGUUGGCCAGGAUUGCCUCACAACUGCUGAUUAACAGCUUGGGUUGUCUCCAUAUAUUUGUCUUCCUUUCUUAAACAUGGUCAUAUAGUGAAAUAUGUUAGAUUUUAUUUGUUGGAAACUGAGUUUGUCCCAGUUCAUGAUUAACCAAAAAGUUCCAAGAUCGGCAUACACGUCCAUUAUCACGAUGGUUUUCUGUAAAUAUAGACAUAUAUUUUGAGAAGAAUAAAAGUGUCAUACCUUCA